CCCGGCUUCCUGAGGCGUGCGGCCGUGCGGCGUGCAGCUGUCAGGGCUAUUCGCUCGGACCAGCAAAGCCCUUGCGUUCAUGCAAACUUGGCCCUCGCGGAGUGGCUGCCGCGUCCCAAGAAGGGCGGCUGCAGUGGUUGCACUCCGACUGUCGACGCCGCGCCUCCCGGCCGCGGCCAACCUACUUUCGCACCUGUGACCUCCGUCCGGUUGGACGCCCUGAGUGUCACUUAGUCACACUGCCGUCCCGUCCCGAGUUUGAAAGCCGUCCAGCAGCCGAUGCAGCCGAGUGCUUUCCUCGCGAAGCUGGCCCCGCGGCGAGUGGCAGUCGCGAUGGCGUGAGUGAAUCACCUCGGCAAGAGUGCAAAGUUAGCGCGCGCGCCCUCAGCGGGGACCAUCAGUCGCCAUGGUUUAUCACUGGCAGUCGCACAAUGUCAAGCUGUGUGGGGUGGAUGACAUGGUUCUUCUUCCAAGACCCACUGAAGAAUCCAUUGUCGACAACCUAAAGAAGCGAUUCCUUGAUGAUUAUAUUUAUACCUGUAUUGGACCUGUCCUCAUAUCUGUGAACCCUUUCAAGCAGCUGCCAUAUUUUGGUGAAAAAGAAAUAGAACUUUACCAAGGGGCUGCACCAUAUGAAAACUCUCCUCAUAUAUAUGGGUUGAGUGAUCAAAUGUUCCGUAAUUUAUUAAUUGACAAUGAAAGCCAAUGUGUGAUAAUAAGUGGAGAAUCGGGUGCAGGGAAGACAGUGGCAGCUCGCUACAUCAUGAGCUACAUUGCACGUAUCUCUGGUGGAUCAUCAAAAGUUCAACAUGUAAAAGAUGUUGUUCUCAAUUCCAACCCACUCUUAGAAGCUUUUGGCAAUGCCAAAACUAUCCGUAACAAUAAUUCUAGUCGUUUUGGAAAAUAUGUUGAAAUAGUCUUUAAUGUUGCUGGUCAACCUGUGGGAGGUCGUAUUUCAAAUUUCUUGUUAGAAAAGUCUCGUGUUCCGAAUCUCACGUUAGGUGAACGCAAUUUCCACAUAUUUUACCAGCUGUGUGGAGGAGCCAAUGCUCACCUGAAAAAGGACUUGGGAAUUGUUAAUAUGAAUAACUUUCAAUACCUGUAUGCUGGUGGCUCAUUUUCUGUUGAUGGAGUCAAUGAUGCUAAAGAUUUUGGAGAAACUACUGCUGCUAUGAAUGUAAUGGGGUUUUCUGACUCGGAACAGCGAGAAAUUUGGAACAGUGUUGCUGCCAUUUUGCAUCUAGGUAACAUCAACUUUACUGAAAGUGGCAACUAUGCCCAAGUGAGCGACAAAGGAGCUUUAGAGUGGCCUGCUUAUCUCUUGGGUGUUGACGUAUCUCAAUUGGAAAGUAAAAUGACUAGUCGCUUAUUUGAAAGUAAAUGGGGUGCUAAAGAUGAUUCCAUUAAUGUCACUCUAAAUGUUGAACAAGCUGUUUACACAAGAGAUGCCCUAGCAAAAGGCAUCUACUCAAAAAUUUUUGACUUUCUUGUCCAGAGAGUAAAUGCAGCCAUGUUCACUGAUAGUAGAGGAAAUAACAUUGGCAUCCUUGAUAUUUAUGGAUUUGAGAUUUUGGAUAAAAAUGGCUUUGAGCAACUUUGCAUCAACUUUGUGAAUGAAAAGCUUCAGCAGAUAUUUAUUCAGCUGACUUUGAAAGCCGAACAGGAAGAAUAUGUAGCAGAGAAAAUUGCAUGGACGCCAAUUGACUAUUUCAACAACCAAGUUGUUUGUGAACUGUUAGAGGCCCGACAGCCACCAGGCCUGUUUCUUGUGUUGGAUGAUGUAUGUGCAACUUUGCAUGCUGUUGCGGAUGGAGCAGAUCAGGGUUUGCAUAAGAAAUUGAAUGGGAGUGCUAGCUCUCACAAACAUUAUUCUCCCACUGCAGAGGGCUUUGUCAUUCAGCAUUAUGCUGGUGUGGUGAGUUACUCAGUGGAUGGAUUUUGUGAUCGGAAUAGGGAUGUCUUUUUCCCAGACUUGGUGCAGCUUCUCCAGACAAGCACAAGCCAGCUCAUCUACAGUCUUUUCCCUGAGCCAGUUGCUAGAACAAGACCAACCACAGCUGGAACCAAGAUUCGUUCCCAGGCUGGUGAGUUGGUGGCAAAAUUGAUGCAGUGUGCGCCUCAUUAUGUCCGUUGCAUAAAGCCCAAUGAGUCCAAGCGAGCUCGUGAGUGGGAUGAUCUAAGAGUCAAGCAUCAGGUGGAAUAUUUAGGUUUGCGAGAAAACAUUUCUGUUCGUAGAGCUGGGUUUGCAUACCGUCGUGUGUUUAAGAAAUUCCUGCAUAGGUAUGCAAUUUUGACCAAAGAGUCUUGGCCUUCUUGGAGAGGAAGGGAGGACGAGGGAGUGAGGCAUGUACUGGCAGCUUCUGGUCUCAAAGAGGGUCAUGAAUUCCAACUUGGAAAAUCAAAAGUCUUCAUAAAAAAUCCAGAAUCAAUUUUCCAUUUGGAAGAUCUCCGAGAGCAGCACUUUGACAAACAUGCUAGAGUGAUUCAAAAAGCCUUUAAGAGUCACUUUGCUCGCAAGCAGCAGAACACUCAAAGGCAGGAGGCUGCAGCACUAUUUUGUGGAAAGAAAGAACGCCGGAGACUUUCAGUACAUCGUCACUUCAUUGGAGAUUACCUUGGAGUUUCGAAUCACCCAGAGCUUCAUUCCCUUGUGGGGCGACGAGAAAGAAUAUUUUUUUCUAUUUCAGUCACUAAAUAUGAUCGUCGCUUCAAGCCUAGUGACCGUGAUUUGAUCAUUACAUCUCGAUCCUUAUUUUUGACAAGCUAUGAGCCUGGCUCUGGUGAUCAUAGAAAUUAUCCUAUUAUCAAAAGAAAUAUUCCAUUCCCCAAUAUUAGUCAUGUGUCACUCAGUACUUUACAGGAUGAUUUUGUUGUGAUUCAUGUGAAAGAUGAUUAUGACUCAUUGCUAACAGUACCUUUGAAGACAGAAUUUUUGUACGCUCUUCACAAGAGAUAUGGCGCUCAAGUGGGACGUCAGCUGAAUAUACAUUUUUCCAACUGUGUUGAGUUCUCUGUGAAAAAAUCUGGCAUUGGAGGAGGGGGAAAGCGAUGUGUGGUGUUUGUUCCAACCAUAACUGGCCUGGACUCUCCGUCUCUAAAAAUCAGCGGAACUACCUUAACAGUUGGUAUUGGAGCUGGUCUGCCUCCUGACACUGCUGUAGUUUCUCCUGAAAGAAAUGAACCAACCAGACGACGGGUGAAUGGAAAGCCUGGAUCGGCAGCACCUCAGAAGAUCUCCAACCGCACUCCCACAAGAGCUGCUCCUCCUCCCCCUGGCCCACGCCCCACAGCCAAUCGUCCUACAGAACCUGCCCCUCCUCCUCCCCCAGUUGCCCAUGCCACUGGACCUGCCACUUCCCCUCCCCGAGUUCCCUAUACGACAGGACCCCCCUCUCACCCUCAACCAGUUCCCUAUGCCACUGGACCUGCCACUCCCCCUCCUCCAGUCCCCUAUGCCACAGGACCGGCCAAUGCUCCAGCGCCAAUUCCCUCUGUUACAAAAAUUCAAAAUGGUGCCAUUAAGGAGGACCUUCUUGGUAACAACAAUUUUAAGUUGAACAAAAAGACAAAUGAGGGACAACAAAGUGACCUCACCAAGGAACUUCACAGUACCAUUGGACGCUUUAAAUCCAAAGACAUUAUCAAUCAGCAAGAUUUACUUGAAAAGAAUUUCAACAAGCCUUUCAGUCAGGACCUCACAAGCACAUUAAAGCGAAUCAAAGCCAAAGAGACAGCUAAACCAAUAGUGUCAAGCGAAAAUGCAAAUGAUAAACUGAAAGUUGGAGGUGAUUUAAAUGCAGAUCUCACCAAUACACUAAGGCGUAUCAAAGCCAAGGGAACAGUAUUUAACCCACCAAAUAGUAAUCUUGUACCAGCAGCAACUCAACUCAACAAUAAAGUGGCAGAGAAGCCUAUUCCAGGAGGAGGACGACCAAGACCAACUUUAAACCCUAGUCAAAUCCGAGUCAAAGCAGUUUAUGAUUAUCAAUCUCAGGAUGUUGAUGAAUUAACUUUGAAGGAAGGGGAUCUAAUUGAUCUUAUAAAAGAACAUCCAGGUGGUUGGUGGCAGGGCCGUCUGAAGGGUAAAGAAGGCUUAUUUCCUGCAAAUUACGUACUUAAAUUGUAAGUUAUUUCUACGUAUUUCCCACUCAAGGGAUCAAAUUACUUGGUGCUUCAAAAGUAGGGUCGUAUAAAACUAUUUUAAUUAUGUAUUACCACUAAUAUUGUGCACCAGUGCACCCUUUAACAAUCUGUGUUAGCCUCCCUCCACAAGCAGGGAUUUUACUUGCAGUAGGGUGGCUCCAUUAGCAAUAGAUUCAAAGUGCUUUGACUUUUUGUUGAAGCUUGAUUCCUGUUUGUGCUGUGACUUAAUGUUUUCUCUUUUAUCUUUAUAAAUGUAAUGCUUCUAAUAUUUUUUUAGGUCACCUAUGGUUUCUAGACAAUGCAAAAGCAAAUUUUUUUAAUGAUGUACCUGUGAGUACAUAGUCCUUUUUAUCAGAUUCUUGACAUGAAUGUGUAACAUAACAACCUUGUUCACUGCUUCCACAGAAACAGAAUGAAUGAGUCAGUUAUUGUCAACCAUGACAUUUGUAGGAAGUUUAUUGAGCUUUCUAAUUGUAGGUGUAAGAAUAUUUAUGUUACCACUUUUUUGUGCAAUGUUUGCAAAUACGAAUUGACCAUGAAAAACUUUGUACCUAGUCCACCAGUCUUUCUCUCUAUCUUCUUUUGAUAGAAGACAUGGUUUACUUUUUUUUUAAGGGUAGAUGGACAAAAGCAUCUAUAUUUAAAAUAAUCAUGCUAACUUUA